UUAAUAAUCCAAAUUACAAUAGUGAAAGUGUGAAACAAAUAAUAGAAGUGAUAAUGUUAUACGUUGGCAGCAUGCCUUUUUCUUAGUCUUCCUAAGUCAUGUAGUUAGCAAUUUCAUAAUAAUAACAUGAUUUGGUAUGCAUGACUCUUUUCAUUGCAGGUUUGAGGAUUGGAGAUCAGAGUCAUCUUAGUGUAAGUUCUGUUUUGAAGAGUAUUGGAAGAAGAUUUGAGAGUGGAUUAGAGAAGAUGAAGAAAUUCAGAAGACUUGAGAGUGGAUUAGAGAAGAUGAAGAAAUUCAGAAGAUCGUCUUCUUCUUUUUUUGAAAUUCUUGUUUUUGAAAUUCUUGAUCCACAGGGGCCAAUGCUUCAGAAAUGGAACGAAAUCUUUCUAAUCACAUGUGUUAUGGCAGUUUCUGUGGAUCCUCUUUUCUUUUAUAUUCCAGUCAUUGUCGGAAAAAACAAGUGUCUUGAUUUGAAUGAACCAUUGCAGACUACUGCUAGUGUUCUUCGCACAUUCUUUGAUCUUUUCUACAUUCUUCGCAUCAUCUUUCAGUUUAGAACUGGAUUUCUUGCACCUUCUUCUCGUGUUUUUGGAAGAGGUGAACUCAUGAACGAUCCUUUCGCCAUAAUGAAAAGAUACUCAUUGAGUUCUCAUUUCAUCAUCGACAUUCUUUCAAUUAUUCCACUUCCACAGGUUAUUGCUUUGGCAAUAAUUCCACACUUGAAAAGCUCAAGUCCAUUUUUAGCAAAGGACUUUUUGAAGUAUACAGUAUUAAUUCAGUAUGUGCCGAGACUAUUGCGGAUUCGUCCACUAUUCGAAGAAGUAACUAGAACUUCAGGCAUAUUGGCAGAUACACCAUGGGCUAGGGCUGUCUUCAAUCUUUUACUCUACCUCCUAGCCAGUCAUGUGGUUGGAGCUAACUGGUAUCUACUUUCGGUAGAAUCACAGGUGCGGUGUUGGUACAGAGAGAUGGACAAUGAUUCCCUCUUUCAUGCAUCAUAUUUGGGCUGUGGGCAGCAAAAUGAAAGAGUCUUCCCACUUCUCAAUAGUACAUGUAUUUUUGUUGACCCUGAUGAAAUCAAGGACACAAAGACCUUCAAUUUUGGAAUAUUUUCCGAUGCUCUACAAUCGCUCGUGGUAGAUUCAACCACGAAAUUUCCUUACAAGUUCUUCUACUGCUUUUGGUGGGGUUUGCGCAAUUUAAGUUCUCUUGGACAAAACCUCAAGACAAGUACUUACCUCCCGGAAAUAGCCUUUGCGUUUUUCAUUUCCAUCUUUGGAUUGGUUUUAUUCUCUUUACUUAUUGGAAACAUGCAGAAAUAUUUGGAAUCUACAUCUGUUAGGGUGGAAGAGAUGAGAGUCAAGAUGAGGAAUGCAGAAGCAGCAGAACGAUGGAUGUCACGCCGUAUGUUACCUGAUUACUUGAAGAAAAGAAUUAGAAGUUAUGAACAAUACAAAUGGAAAGAAAAUAGAGGUGUUGAAGAAGAGACUUUAAUUCGCAACCUCCCUAAAGAUCUCAGAAGAGACAUAAAGCGUCAUAUUUGCCUGGAUUUAGUUAAAAGAGUGCCAAUGCUUGAGAAAAUGGAUGAGCAAUUGUUGGAUGCAAUGUGUGAUAGAAUGAAACCAGUUCUGUAUACAGAGAAGAGUUGCAUUGUCCGUGAACAAGAUCCGGUUGAUGAAAUGAUUUUCAUUAGGCGUGGAAAAAUCGUUACCAUGACAACAAAUGGUGGAAGAACUGGUUUCUUCAACUCAUACUUUCUAAGGUCUGGUGAUUUUUGUGGAGAAGAACUUUUAACAUGGGCUUUGGAUCCACACUCCUCAAAUCUACCAACUUCAUCUAGAACAGUACAAACUAUAUCAGAAGUUGAAGCAUUUGCACUCAUGGCUGAUGAUUUGAAGUUUGUUGUUUCCAAAUUUAGACAUUUUAUGAAUAGCAAACAACUUCAACACACUUUCAGGUUUUAUUCGCCGCAAUGGAGGACAUGGGGUGCGCGUUUCAUACAAGUAGCUUGGCGUCGAUACAGGAAAAAGAAGAUUGAGAGAACACUGCAAACAUCUCUGGUAAUCCUUGAUGAUGAUAUUGAAGAGAAUCCUCAAGAACCUGCUUUUAAGAGACAAAGGAGUUCUCUUGUUUCACCUACUGCAGAAAUAUCCGAAGAAGUAAGGGACAAUACUAGGAAACAAGGUUCAUCUUCUGAUAUGGGUCAAAGCUCUAACCCUGCAUUUGUAUCUGCUACUGAACUCAAGACCUUUCAAGAAGAAAUCCGAAAAGAGUUAGCUAGUCAGGCCAACAGUCAAGCUGAAAUGAUGAAACAAUUGGAUGCUAUACAGGAACUUCUGAUGGAAUUAAUCUCUAAACAACACUAGGAUACCCUUUUUUUGGUGCACAUUUUAUGUUUCCCUAGCUCUUGUUUUUCUGUUUACUCUGCUAUUCACUAUGUUUUCCUCCAUUUCUUUGCAACUCUCAGAUCUAGAUCUCUCUCUCACCGUGCUUCCCCCUCUCUCUCUAACACACAUAAGCUCGACGGCAUGGUCAUUAGUAGUUGCAGUACGACGGACCGAUAAGAACAACGUCGUGAAGGUGGAGUUCUACGGUAAAGUCGUCGUUGGUUGCAGCUGAUCGGAAAGAAAAACAGUGGUGGUGGUGGACUAGUCAGUGAUUCGGUGGUGAUGAGAACUGGAACUGGUGAACGACGUGAUUGGGUGAUGGCGUGGUGGCGAGGAUGAACGGAGUGACGGCGACGGAUGACGGACGAGUGGUGUUGCAAUGAAGAGAGAGAAAUGAAGGAAGAAGAAAUGACUUUUGUUAUUACUAAAUAACCCUUAAUUUUAUUGUUGGAAUGGCAAAAAUGGCCCUGCUUGUUGUAUUUUUGUUGGAUAUAUAGAAUGUCUGGAUAACAUUUCUGGUUCGUAUAUAGAAUUUUUUUGGAAAA